ACUCAACCUCCACCACCGCCAACUACGCAGAGGCCGAACUGUUAUCCAGGCAGUCCUGACCCGCGGUGUCCGAGGCCUCCACCAACUCAGCCACCUCCACCAACCACGCAGAGGCCUAGCUGUUACCCGGGAAGCCCAGACCCACGGUGCCCGCAACCCUCAACAAACCCACCACGGCCUGUAUGCUAUCCUGGCAGCCCGGACCCUGCGUGUCCCCAGCCAACAUCACCCAGGCAGCCAGCAACAUAUUUGCCCCCAAGCCCAACUACUGCGCCUACGACACCAUCAAGGCCGAACUGUUAUCCUGGCAGCCCUGACCCACGGUGUCCGAGGCCACCUCCAACUCAGCCCCCAACACCGAGGCCAACGCCUCCUCCUACACAGCCACCCCCAAACUGCUAUCCUGGAAGUCCUGAUCCUCGGUGUCCGAGGCCGACGACAGAGAGGCCGAACUGCUACCCUGGCAGCCCUGACCCACGUUGUCCGAGACCUCCACCUACCCAACCCCCAACGCCAAGGCCGACCUCCCCUCCCACGCAGCCACCUCCAAACUGCUAUCCCGGAAGCCCGGACCCUCGCUGUCCAAGACCACCACAGACCCAGCCCCCCGCGCCACGUCCACCACCAACAACGCAGAGGCCUAACUGUUACCCAGGGAGCGCCGACCCGCGCUGUCCGACUGCCCCGCCAGCCACCUCUCCCAGACCAGUGUGCUAUCCCGGUAGUCCUGAUCCAGCGUGCCCUCAACCAACAAAACCAAGAGAACCAGCAACGUACCUGCCUCCACUUCCUACAACUCCAUCUAGGCCUAAUUGCUAUCCUGGCAGCCCCGACCCUCGGUGUCCAAGACCACCCACUCAACCCCCUCCACCACCAACCACGCAGAGGCCGAACUGCUACCCUGGCAGCCCCGACCCGCGCUGCCCGAGGCCACCUCCAACGCAGCCUCCACCACCACCAACCACGCAGAGGCCGAACUGCUACCCUGGC